CAGGAAUUGUGUCUUUAUGAAUACAAAAUCUAUGGAACCUUUCCAGAUUGUGAUCCAGAGUUGUUUGUAGAUGUGUACAUGGAUCUGAAAUAUAGGAAGCAAUGGGAUAGUUAUGUGAAAGAACUGUGUGAGCAGGAGUGUAACGGGCAGAAAGUGAUUUACUGGCAAGUCAAGUACCCGUUUUUUCUCGCCAAUCGUGAUUAUGUUUACAUUCGUGAACGCCAUGAUUUGGAUGUUGAUGGACGAAAGAUUUGGGUGUUUGUGGCAAAAUGUGUGCCUGGAUUAUCUGUGAAAUCCGGUGUCAUCAGAGUAGAGGAUUAUCAUCAAACUGUGGCUGUGGAGAGUGAUGGUAAACAAGGCACCAAAGUGUUUAUGCAUUACUUCGAUAACCCUGGGGGUAUGAUUCCAACGUUUCUUGUUAACUGGGCAGCAAAGACUGGAGUGCCUUCAUUUCUGAAAGAUAUGCACAAGGCUUGUGCCAACUACCCUGUGUACUGCAGGAAUUCUGGGAAAUAAUUGCCAUACUGCUGAUUCAGAUUUGAUGCUCAAAGGAUGAGAAGACUUGUCCCAAUUUAAUACCCUGUACCUUUUUGCUAUAUUGUGGUUGGAUUACACUGUUUGAGCAGUGCAGAAAUCAUAUGCUCAUCAAUAAGACGGUCUGCACUCACUGCACUGUAUAGCUCCCCUUUUUAUACUAUUCUCCUUCUCUAAUGAGACCGUGGCAUCCCUGUCAUGUAAUGUUAACAAACUUGAAAUAAUGACCAUCCAGAAACUACAUUUUCAUAAGUGGGCAAAAGUUCUGCAGCCCUAAACUUAGCAAUGCAAUGUUUCAAUGAAUGAGCAACGGGAGCAAAUGGCAGAUGUGGAGUUGAAGCUUCUUUUGAGUGAAGCAGGAAGAAAAUUGUCAUUGCACUUUGAAUUGUUCGGGAUUUUUUUAUGUCUCUUGGUAUUUGAAUAUAUUUUCCAUUAGCUAUGUAUAGGAGAUAGCUCUCCACUGCUUGCUCUUAGUUGGACUGUGCAUUGUAGGGAUAACUUAAUGGAGGGAACAAGAAAAAAAAUUAAUAAAUAUUGCUGAGCCUCUCCUGAAUCUA